GGACUGAGGGUGAGAAUGUCUUGUGACCCUGACACAGGCUUUCUUCCAGAGACCCUCCCCAAGCCCAUCCUCUGGGCUGAGCCAGGCCCUGUGAUCCCGCGGGGGAGCCCUGUGACCAUCUGGUGUGAGGGGACCCCAGGGGCUGAGGAGUACCAUCUGGAGAAAGAGGGAAGCCCAGCACCAUGGAAAAGACAGAAGCCACAGGAGCCUGGGGACAAGGCCAAGUUCUCCAUCACACACAUGACAGAGCAUGAUGCAGGGAUAUUUCGCUGUUACUCUCUCAGCCCUGAUGGCUGGUCAGAGCCCAGUGACCCCCUGGAGCUGGUGGUGACAGGAUCCUACAGCAAACCCAGCCUCUCAGCCCUGCCCAGCCCUGUCGUGACCUCAGGAGGGAACGUGACCCUCCAGUGUGGCUCAGGGCAGGGAUUUGCCAGGUUCAUUCUGACUAAGGAAGGAGACCACAGGCUCUCCUGGACUCUGGACUCAUAGUGACAGCCCAGUGGGCAGUUCCAGGCCCUGUUCCCUGUGGGCCCAGUGAACUCCAGCCACAGUUGGACAUUCAGAUGCUAUGGCUGUUACAGGAACAGCCCCCAGGUGUGCUCAAACUCCAGUGACCCCCUGGAGCUCCUGGUCCCAGGUCAGUCUGGGAAGCCCUCCCUCCUGAGCCAGCAGGGCCCCAUCGUGGCCUCUGGACAGAACCUGACCCUCCAGUGUCGCUCUGAUGUCAGCUAUGACAGAUUCGCUCUGCACAAGGAGGGGGGAUGGGACCUCCCCCAGAGCCUUGUCCUGCAGCCCCAGGCUGGGCUCUCUCAGGCCCACUUCCCCCUGGACACUGUGAGCAGCUCCCACGGGGGCCGGUACAGAUGCUACGGUGGAUACAACCUCUCCUCUGAGUGGUCGGCCCCCAGUGACCCCCUGGACAUCCUGGUGGCAGGACACCUGCCUGACAGACCCUCCCUCUCGGUGGUGGUGCAUUCAGGAGCCAGGAUGGCCUCAGGAAUGAAUGUGACCCUGCUGUGUCAGUCACAGAGCCCGAGGGACACUUUCCUUCUGUCCAAGGAGGGGGCAGCCGAUCCUCCCCUGCGUCUGAGAUCAGAGCACCGAGCUCAGCAGUUCCAGGCAGAGUUCUCCAUGAGCCCUGUGACCUCAGCCCACGGGGGCACCUACAGGUGCUACAGUUCACUCAGCCCCUCCCCCUUCCUGUUGUCACUCCCCAGUGAGCCCCUGGAGCUCCUGGUCUCAGGAGCAGCCGACACCAUCAGCCCAUCACAGAACAACUCAGACCCCAAGAGUGGUGAGUAG